AUGAGGCUGACAAGGUCAUGGCUGUGGGCUUUGACUGCCCUGGUAUGGGGCGCGUCCACGACGAGUGCAGAAAAGACAGCAGCCGAUUACUUUGUACAUUCGCUUCCCGGGCAGCCCGAUGGUCCAUUAUUGAAGAUGCAUGCUGGUCAUAUUGAGAUCACGCCCGAGCAUAACGGGCAUCUGUUCUUCUGGCACUACGCGAACCGACAUAUUGCUAACCGGCCGCGGACAGUAAUCUGGCUGAAUGGAGGCCCAGGUUGCAGCUCCAUGGACGGAGCGAUGAUGGAGAUGGGCCCUUACCGAGUCCUGGAGGGGGGAAAACUCGGAUAUAACGAGGGAUCGUGGGAUGAGUUUGCCAACCUGUUGUUCGUAGACAAUCCGGUGGGCACGGGGUUCAGUUACGUGAACACGGACAGUUAUCUCCACGAACUGCAAGACAUGGCGGAUCAAUUCAUCAUCUUCCUGGAAAAGUGGUUUACCCUAUUCCCCCAGUACGAAGCCGACGACAUCUACUUCGCGGGCGAAUCCUACGCGGGUCAGCACAUCCCCUACAUCACGAACGCCAUCCUCGAGCGCAACAAAAGAGCGAGCGCGCAAGGAAAGCACACGUGGGACGUCAAAGGGCUCUUGAUCGGAAACGGAUGGAUCUCGCCAUCGGAACAAUACCAGUCCUACCUCCCAUUCGCGUACCAGGAAAAUCUUAUCCAGGGCGGCACUCCGGAGGCACAACGAGUCGAGGCCAUGCACGCCCGCUGUCUAGCCGAGCUGAGCAAGCCAGGUGGCACCGAGAAAGUGGAUGUGAUGGACUGUGAGUCCGUGUUGUCUAUGGUCUUGGAGGUCUCGAAGAAGAACGGCAAGUGUUACAACAUGUACGACAUCCGACUGCAAGACAACUGGCCGUCUUGUGGCAUGGCCUGGCCUCCGGAUCUGAACACAGUGACACCUUAUCUGCGUCAACAGAACGUCCUGGACGCCCUGCACAUCAAUUCCGACAAACGGACUGGCUGGACCGAAUGUUCGGGAGCGGUUUCUGCGGCAUUCCGAGCCAAAAACUCCAAACCCAGUGUGCAACUACUUCCCAGCAUACUCGAGGCUGGGGUGCCUGUGUUGCUGUUCAGCGGUGCCAAAGAUAUGAUUUGCAAUCACCUGGGAACCGAAGACUUCAUCCACAACAUGGUAUGGCUAGGAGGCACCGGAUUCGAAAUUUCUCCGGGCGUAUGGGCACCGAAGCGAGAUUGGGAGUUCGAAGGUGAGCCGGCUGGACUGUACCAAGAAGCGAGGAACCUCACCUACGUCUUGUUCUACAAUGCCAGCCACAUGGUACCGUUCGACUGGCCACGACGAAGCCGAGACAUGCUUGAUCGAUUCAUGGGGGUCGAUAUCGCCAGCAUUGGCGGCACUCCCGCCGACAGCCGGAUCGAUGGUGAAAAGGCCGGCAGCGAAACCAGUGUUGGAGGUCAUCCCAACAGCACGGUCGCCCUUGAGGACGAAAAACAGAAGGUCAGAGAGGCCGAGCUCAAGGCAUAUUAUCGCAGCGGCGAGGCUGCAUUGGUGGUCGUGCUGAUCGCGGCUGGCUUGUUCGGCUGGUGGGUAUGGAGAGGAAGAAGGCGAGUCCGCGGUCAAGGAUAUCUCAGCGUGCCGGUUGCCAACGGAUCCAUGCCCAAGGGGCGGGAUGUGGAAACCGGAGGCUACGAUGACAACGAACUGGACGAUCUCGAAGCCAGCCAGCGAUCGAGGCACCUGGACGCGGAGCCCUAUGACCUGGCCAGCGAUAGUGACGAGGAGGACCUCGGACCUCAGACUGGAACAAACACCAAGGAUGCAGGCAAUGUGUGA